GUGUGUUUGUGUUGUUCAGGUGUGUUUGGUGAUGAAGUGAAGAUAUCGGUGAUGGAGGGACAUUCUGUUACUCUACACACUAAUCUCACUCACAUACAGACAGAUGAUGUGAUACGGUGGAGGUUUGGAGAAGGCGAAUCUAAGCAUCUUUUAGUUGAUAUUGUUAAAAACAGUAUCAGAUAUAAUGGUCCAUUCAGAGACAGACUGCAGACAGACGGUCAGACUGGAGACCUCACCAUCACAAACAUGAGAAGCAAACACUCUGGACUCUAUGAAGCGCAGAUCAGCAGAGCUGAAACAACAUACAAGAGAUUCAGAGUUACUGUCACAGAUGCUCCACGUGUUAUCAGUGCUGGAGCAGGUGAUGUGAAGUCAGUGUCAGUGAGCGUGGGAGGGUCUGUGACUCUACACACUGAUGUCCAAACACACAGAGAUGAUCUGAUACUGUGGAGGUUUGGAGAUGAAGAUCGUCUCAUAGCUAAACAUGAUAAAGAAGACAAUAAGAGCUCAAUACAUGAUGAUGGGAUGUUCAGAGACAGACUGAAGCUGGAUCCUCACACCGGAUCUCUCAUCAUCACAGACAUCAGAAUCACAGACUCUGGACUUUAUAAACUGAAGAUCAGCAGCAACAACAAACAAACCCUACACAAGACAUUCAGUGUUUCAGUCAGGGAUCGAGGUCUAUCUCCAGGAGAUGUAGUCGGAAUAGUGUUUGGUGUCCUGCUGUGUAUUGUUGUUGGUGUGAUUGUGUUUCGCCGCAAUAAAUAUGAACUGCAGAAACGAACGGUUAAAGAAAAGACUGGAAAGAACGGGAGUCCUGUCACUCUAGAGUGUGAUGUCACUAAACUCCAGUCUGAUGAUGUCAUCGAGUGGAGCUUUAGAGAUAAAGUGAUAGCCAAAUUCAGUACGGACAACAAGCUCUUUACUGCUGAUGAGAGAAUCACAGACAGACUGCAGGUGGAUGAUCAGACAGGAUCUCUCAUCAUCACAGACAUCAGAAAAGAAGACGCUGGACUGUAUAAAGUAAAGAUCAGCAGCAGCAGUGGAGUGAAAUCAUUCCUUCAGCUCAUCACCGGUGGAGGACCAUCAUACUCUCAAUUCAAUCUUAUUGUCAAAGAAGAGGAGAGGAUAGAAUCAGAAGUGUUGGGAAGUUCUGUUUCUCCAGAGAUUGAUGUUACUGAAAUGGAGACUGAUGAUGUGAGAGCAGGUGCUUCCUCUACUGUUGAUGAUAUUCAGUUGAAAGUUUAUGUCAGGGAGAGGAUAAGAUCAGUAGAGUUGGGAGGUUCUGUUACUCUAGACACUGAUGUUACUGGAAUACAGACUGAUGAUGUGAUUCAGUGGAGAUUUGGAGAUGAAGAAACUCUCAUAGCUGAAAUGACUGUAGGGACUGAACCCUCAUAUGACUCGACUGAUGAGAGAUUCACUGACAGACUGAAGAUGAACACAAAGACUGGACAUCUCACCAUCACAAACAUCACAUCUGAACUCUGUGGAGUUUAUAGUGCAAAGAUCAGCAGCAGGAGAGGAACAGAAUACAGGAAAUACAGGGUUGACAUCUCUGAUUCAGCGGGAACCGAAGAAGAUGAAUCAACAACGGUUGGGACGCCUUUACUGCCUGAAGCAGAAGAUGAGGUUUGAUCAGCUGAUAGAUGCUCAACAUCACUUCUGUUACAUCAUCAACAUCUACAGCAGCGUUUCUCGGUGGAAGCAAGAUUAUACCAAAUAUCCAGAGAUGAUUAAACAUUUACCUGCAAAAGAUUACGAUCUGCAUCAGGACCAGCUAGUGCGCAAACUGUGGGUUUAAUGUAGGUGAUGAAUUCAGCCUAUCAUAGCAUGUUCAGCAGUUAAGAACCGCACAAUGCGCUCACAGUGCUCGUGACGUAAAAUCCUUCACGCCGGACAAAGCUCUUCACGGCACUUUAUAAGUCCUUAUUCUCCUCGAGAUGCUAGCACCACCUUGGCUGUACAAACUUUGCACACAAAAAGGGAAUGUAAUGUGUAAAGUGAAUGUGUUUUUACAAGGAUCGCGCCGGUUUAUGUUUCUGCUGGGUGCUCAAACUGACAAGUUUGACAACCUCAUAUACAGAGAUGGGUAGUAACGCGCAACAUUUACCUCAUUACAUUUACUUGAGCAACAUUUUUUUAAAUCUGUAUUUUUAUUUGGUUACACUUUGUGACGUUCCUUCGUUGUAAGAUAUGCAUUUUAAAAUGCGUCGUAUAUUUCAACGUUGUCGUCUCUUUUUGCGGGCAUUCCCGAGUGAUUGAUUCUUUUGAGUCGAUUCUUUUGAUAGCAUUAUUUGGACACUGGCCAAAACCGUUUAAAUAGGUUCAUGAAUCAGUUCAAAUGAUUUGUUCAGUACGCAGCACGAUCCGAAGCGGCGGGUUACACACUCCUUGUAGCGGGAAACUUAAGAACACGCAGAACACAAAGAGCGUUUGAUGAAGUGGAUAUGAAUUUAUAUCUAUCAAAUCAAAAACGGCAAAUGUGUCAUAUUGUUUGCCAGCAAUGAUGAAUGCCCGACCUGUUAGACGCAGACGUGGGCAUGCAGAAAUAUACAUCUGAAGAACAGAAGGAAGAAAACUUGUUGACGGGCGUGUGGUUCGCUGUUUACUGCAUGUUUACAAGUAAGAGCGUUUCACAACAUGAGAAAACAUGUGUUUGGUCUAAAAUCAGUUUGUAUUUCAUAUAAGAGAGCACUGCAAAUGUUCUAGAUCAUCUUAGGAAAUGCUAAAUGAGUUUAGUUAAGUGCAUUGUAAACGCAAAACUCUGCAGGUUCACUUUAGUUUGACAUGAUCUAGUGUUCUAAAAAAGUUGUGUAGGCUACAUUGACAUCAGGACUAGAUGAGAUUUACAGAAAUGCUCGUCUCUUCUGUGUUUGUCUAUUCUUUAGUCUCUGUGUGUAUAUUGCAAAGAUAUCUGCUUAUGAUAAUAAUAAUAAUUAAAAUAUUGAUUAAAAGUAUAAUAUCGAAAUACUGGCAUUAAUAUGAAUUAUAUAAACAGUAUAUAAUCAGAUACAAAGUAACUAGUAACUAGUUUUUUCAUUGCAUACUUUUUGUUACGCCUCAUGGCUCGAACUGAAAGACAUUACCAACUACAAGCCAUCAUCCCCUCAGUCUGUGGGUAAUCAACGACUUCUAUUGUGGUAUUGAAAAGCAGAGUCUCACCCUCCAGACCCGCCCUGACCCUAUCUCUGCUAUAGCAUUAACACCUCCUCUUGACACUCGAUCUGCGAAGAGGAUGUGUGCCAGCUUUUCCGCAAACAAAAGAUCAGAAAAGCACCAGGCCCAGACAAUAUCUCACCCUCUCGCCUAAAAGUCUGUGUGGAGCAGCUGUCGCCCAUCUUCACUCAUAUAUUUAACAGAUCUUUGGAGCAGUGUGAAGUCCCUUCAUGCUUCAAACGCUCCACCAUCAUCCCUGUACAGAAGAAACCCAAAAUCUCUGGACAAAUGACUACAGGCCUGUUGCUUGCAGGGUGGCCCAUGGCGGUCAGUUCACAAAGAGCGUUGCCGUUAGAACGGGAGUCAAGCAAGACUGCCUGUUGUCACCAUUCUUAAUUCUUCUGGCAAUUGACUGAAACCUGAGGAAGACAACAGCAGGGAAGAGAAAUGGAAUUCAGAGGACACUUGGGAACCAGCUCAAUGACCUGGAUUUUGCGGAUGACAUUGCCUUACUCUCACACAGUCGCCAGCAGAUGCAAGAAAAAGCAUCAGACCUCUCAACUGUCUCAGCUCAACUUGGCCUUAGGAUACACGAAGGAAAGACAAAACUUCGGAAAAUCCACACAACCAGCACAGAACUAGUAAAGCUUGGAGGAAAACCCCUAGAAGUGGAGUCAUUCACAUACCCAGAGAGCAUCAUCGACAAACAAGCAGGCACAGACGCAGAUGUCAAGGCAAAAAUCGGGAAGGCGAGAGCAGCAAUCCUCAUGAUGAAAAAUGUUUGGAACUCUUGCCAGCUUACAACACACACCAAAAUUCGCCUCUUCAACUCCAAUGUCAAGUUGGUUCUUAUUUAUGGAGCAGAAUCCUGGAGAAAAAUUAAAACCACCAUCAGGAAAAUCCAGACCUUUAUCAACAGCUUUAUACGCAGAAUCCUUCAGAUCCGCUGGCCAGACACCAUCAGAAACAAACCAGCUUCCUGUAGAACAAGAAAUCAGGAAGAGAAAGUGGAGAUGAAUAGGGCACACCUUGCGAAAACCAAAUACAAGCAUCACCAGACAGGCCCUGACAUGGAAUCAACAAGGAAAGAGAGAAAGUGGGAGACCUAAAAACACCUGGACAAGAGACUUUGGAGGCAGAUACCAAAGAAAUAGGGCACACCUGGAAAGAGCUGAAAAAAAUUGCCCAGGACCACGGACACUGCCAACUGAGUGGCACACAUGAUAAAUUGCAAGUCUCGGGUGCAAGAGGUCGCUGGUUUGAACAGCGCAUUUACAUGGUUCAAUUUGCAAGUAUGUGCACAAAUAGUGAAAGUAUGUAAACAAACGAAAUGUAAUUUCAUUUUAGUAAUGAAAUAAAAUAAAUUGAACUUCUGUUAUUUUGGCCCGUACUGCACCUUCAGUGAGUGACUCGCGUCGCUACUUGUUGCUCUCACACGUCUCCUCAGGAUCUCGAGCGCGUCAUGACGGCUCAGUGGUGCGGUGUGCUGCACUGCAAGCCUGGUGUCUCAGAGGUCGUGGGUUUGAAUCCUGCCUAGUGCGUUUGUUGUAAUUGCGGAUAGUCACCGAUUUAAUGUCGUUCUCACAUACUGUUCAUAACCUAUUUGUUUCUCACGCGUGUUUCAUUUCCGCUGUGCUAUACUCAUGCUGUUCUGUGCUGCUCCGGCUCUGUGCUUCUACAGCUGCCGACAGCAACUGAGUGUCCGCAGUGGCGCAACGAACGGGGCACAAAAUUUAUUAACAGAAUAUAACUAUACACAAGAAAAUACAAGUAAAGUAAGUUUAUGCAUAAAUGUAAUGAAUCGUCGCAAUGUUGAAUGUAUGAAGCAAACAAAGUUGAACAGAACCAAAGCAAAACCAAGUCCUCAGUGCCGCACUGCAUUGGCCAGUUUCCAUACUGCUAUUAAAACCAACAGCGCGGUGCAUGCAUACGUGUCUUUUGCAUUCGCGUUGCGUGCAUUCGCAUUUAUAAUACGUCCUUCUAAGCAGCUACCGCCUCCGUUAUGGACCCAUACAUUAGUGGAUAACGCAUCUGUUAUGGACCCAUACAUUAGUGGAUAACGCGUCCGUUACGGACCCAUACGUUAGUGGAUACGCCUCCGUUACGGACCCAUACGUUAGUGGAUAACGCGUCUGUUAUGGACCCAUAUGUUAGUGGAUAACGCGUCCGUUAUGGACCCAUACGUUAGUGGCCAUCGGCUCCGUUCCGGCCCCAUACGUUAGCGGCCCACCGGGAAAAUGCCCGGUACGCCAGAUGGCCAGUCCGCCCCUGUUUGGUGUGUUAUAAGUUGCCCAUGCAUGUAUUAGACAUGUGAAAUUGCAAAAAUGAAAGUGUGGGAACAAAAGAUGCAUUCUAUGUAAUCAUAGCACACCUCGCUUUUCAGAGCCAUGAGCUUUGUAAAAAAUCUGCGCGUUUCAGAGAGGCGGAGCAAAGAGUAGAUACAGACAUGCACGGUGUGUGGAAAAUACAGCGUUUUUGAACCUUAAAUGGUGUUAACACAUUACAUCUAAAACAAAUUAUAAUACAUCAUAUGACUCCUUUAAGGAAAAAAAAGAGAAUAAAUGCACUAGCUUUGUACAAAAAUAGAAAAUGUGACACCGUAAUACUUCUAUUAUUAGAUGUAGCCAUAUUUAAGAAUCAUCUGGAAAGUAAAACACAUCUCUUCCGUCAACACCUGACUGAUCAGUUCUGACUUCUGUCUCAUUUCUACUCUUAAAAAAAAAAAAAAAAAAACUUCGCUCUGUAUACUGUGGUAGGCUAUAUGAGACCAGUUUUCUUUUUAUUGCACUUAUGCUUUUUGUUGUCCUUAUGUUGUUCUAAUUGCUUCCAUCGUUUCCCUCAUCUGUAAGUCACUUUGGAUAAAAGCGUCUGCUAAAUGACUAAAUGUAAAUGUAAUGUGUUCUGCUUGGAGUGAAUCUCGUUUUUAUAGAUGUCAUACAUGUACAUGUAACAGUAUUGAUAAACCUUUGUGCCCGAUCAGUUUAAUGGAUGAACACAUUUUUUUGUAAUGGCUGUUUUAACAAUAAACACAUGCUAGUUUUGUGUUCAGCUUUGACAUGUAUAACUGAAUACACAAUAUGAACAAUUGUCAUUAUUAAUAAAUGAAUAAAACUUCAGUUGAAAUGUGUGGGUCUUUGCAUUGGCUCAUAAAUAUUUUGUGAAUUCAGUGGAAAAUUUCAUAAGACAACAAACAGUUUUCAGAUAUGAAUAUGUACAGUUCAUCUCAUAAAAUCUAAUGUCAAUGACAUGAAUUGUGAAUAUCACCACACCUACAGAGAACAAUAUUGUGGGAACAGAAACUGACCAUGUCCACAGCAAUCAAAUGAAAUGUUCAUGUGUUAUAAUGUCUACAUUUGUGUCUUGUGUUUCUCUGGUGUGUGUGCUGCUGUUACAGAUACAAUGAAGGAAAAUGAAUCUGAUUCUGUCACUUUCUGGUCUUUUCUGGAUCUGGACUCAU